GUCGUUGGUUUUACCGAUGAUCAAAUUCUUCCCAAUGAUAAGCACACACACUUUAUGUGGACGUUUUUGCAGAUACAUAACGUGGGUCUGCAUAUACAGCAUAACACUGAACGGCAUCAGCAACGCACUGGGUCCACUGAUCGAUCGCAGUUCAGAGCCGGAUCUGAUGGUCGACGCGUACUCGCCUUGCGACGCGCGUCAUCCCACGUGUUUCUGGCCAUCGUAUGUUAAUCAGGUGUUCGGCUACAUGUGCACGAGCCUCGUUCAAAUGGGCUGUGACAACCUCGUCUACAACACGAUGGAGCGCAUCAGCACCCACUUCCGUAUACUGGAGCACCGCAUGUUGUUGCUGCCGAAGCUCGUUGGGGCGAAUAAGUGCCAAGAGACGCGGUACCUCAAGCAGUGCAUUCGCGAUCACCAGAGCAUCAACGAGACCAUAAAGGAUCUGAACGAGGCGUUUUACGAGCAAAUCUUCAUACAAUUUUUAACGAGCAUCUCGGUGUUGUGCACGAAUAUCUACCUCCUGUCGAUCCUCGAUCUCAUGAGCUCGGAUUUUUUGUCGGUCUUUGCGUUUCUCUGCUGCGCCCUCAUAGAGAACUUUUUUUACUGCUGGUACGGCUACGGCGUUUUGAUGAGCAGCCUCCACGUCUCCGAUGCCAUAGCCAACAUGGACUGGUGGGAGUUGACCAAGGAGUCGAAGCAAAUGCUCACGUUUGUGAUGCUGCAAACAUCGAGGAAGGUCUACAUCUGCAAAAACGCCAUAUCAACCCUCACCCCGGAAGCUUUUGUCAAUAUAUUAAAAGUCUCGUACUCGGCGUUUAACAUCUUGCAAAAAACGUCCAAGAAAUAG